UUUUGGUGUCUGCAAAAGUAAGUGACAGUAGGCUACUUCCACCAUUUUUGUAGAAUGUUACCAUUUGAUGGUCAUACAUGACUCAUACAUGGCCAUAUAUUGAGAACAACCUCGGCGAGCGUGAGAAUAGCCCCAACCCAGGAACACCUCCAGCAGCUGCUGCCGCCCGGCUGUCACAGGCGGAGAGGACCCGACCAUCUGACGCGGAGUGGGGAGAGAGAGACUGAGCUAAGCUGCUUACACCCGGCCAGCAGACCCACGGUUCAACUGAUACGAAGAAUGGACGGCUUCAUUACUGCAGCGGAACAUGGCGUGUAAACAGAGGCGUUGUUCGGCAGUGCCACCAAAAACAUAACCUCCUGAAGGAAUGUUCACCCUCACAGAAGUAGCCUCCCUAAAUGACAUCCAGCCAACUUAUCGCAUACUGAAACCAUGGUGGGAUGUCUUCAUGGAUUAUCUGGGGAUCGUCAUGUUGAUGUUGGCCAUAUUUUCUGGAACGAUGCAGUUAACAAGGGACCAAGUGGUUUGUCUUCCCAUUCUGGAACCCCCUCCAGAGGGGUCUGGGGGCUUCAUACAACCCCAACCCCCGGAGACAGCUGAUAGCUUAUGGAACAAAGAAAGUGCCAUUGGUGAGCAAGCUGCUCCUCUAAUGGCUAAAAGGCCUCCUGAUAAAAUCCCCCCCACAGUUCCCUUCACACAGUCGGGUUCUUUGGGACAGCCUCUGCCUACAGGUGUCAGGACCAAACUGGAUUUUCAGCAGUAUGUUUUUGUCAAUCAGAUGUGCUACCAUGUUGCCCUUCCUUGGUAUUCCAAAUAUUUCCCCUACCUCGCUCUGAUCCACACUAUCGUAUUAAUGGUCAGUAGCAACUUCUGGUUCAAGUACCCAAAGACAAGUUCCAAAAUAGAACAUUUUGUUUCCAUACUUGGAAAAUGUUUUGAAUCGCCUUGGACGACCAAAGCGCUGUCCGAGACAGCCUGCGAGGACUCGGAGGAGAACAAACAGAGACUGGCAGGAGCCUCCACCCUCCUGAAGCAUCUGUCCACCAGCAGCGAGGAGGGGAGUCCCAACCAGUCCGCCCCAAUGCUGACCAAAUCUGGGGUCACGUUUUCUGCUGAAAAGCUUGUGAGUGAAGUUCCUGCCAUGACCAUACUGGACAAAAAAGACGGAGAGCAAGCCAAAGCCCUGUUUGAAAAAGUUCGCAAAUUCCGUGCCCAUGUGGAAGACAGUGACCUGAUUUACAGGCUGUAUGCCAUUCAGACCGUCAUCAAAACAGUCAAGUUCAUUUUGAUCCUGUGCUACACCAUGACUUUUGUUGCCUCUAUAGAUUUCAACCAUGUGUGUGAGCCUGACAUUAAGCAUUUGACUGGAUACAAAAGGUUCCAUUGUACACACAACAUGGCCUUCAUGUUAAAGAAACUCCUUGUUAGUUACAUUGCUCUCAUAUGCGCCUAUGGCAUAAUCUGUAUCUACACACUGUUCUGGCUUUUUCGGCGACCACUUAAGGAGUAUUCCUUUGAAAAAGUCAGAGAGGAGAGUAGCUUCAGUGACAUUCCAGAUGUGAAGAAUGAUUUUGCGUUCCUCCUCCACAUGGUCGAUCAGUACGACCAGCUGUAUUCAAAGCGCUUUGGUGUUUUUCUCUCUGAGGUGAGUGAGAACAAACUUCGGGAGAUCAGCCUGAACCACGAGUGGACCUAUGAGAAGUUGCGGCAGCAUGUGAUACGCAACCCUCAAGAAAAGUUGGAACUCCAUCUUUUUAUGCUCUCUGGAGUGCCAGAUGCUGUGUUUGAUCUCACAGAUUUGGAAAUUCUCAAACUAGAAUUAAUCCCAGAGGCCAAGAUAACAGCUAAGAUCUCACAAAUGACAAACCUCCAGGAGCUGCACUUCUAUCACUGUCCAGCCAAAGUUGAGCAGACUGCUUUCAUUUUUCUCCGUGAUCACCUCCGGUGCCUUCAUGUCAAAUUCACAGAUGUCGCUGAGAUUCCUAGCUGGGUAUACUUGUUGAAAACUUUAAGGGAACUCUACCUUGUUGGUAAUCUGAACUCUGAAAACAACAAAAUGAUCGGACUGGAGUCUCUGCGAGACCUCAGGCACUUAAAGAUUCUGCAUCUCAAAAGCAACCUCACAAAGAUCCCGACCAACAUAACGGACCUGUCCCCGCAUCUGAUCAAGUUGGUCAUUCAUAAUGAUGGUACAAAGCUCUUAGUUCUUAAUAGUUUGAAGAAAAUAAUGAAUCUUGCCGAGCUGGAGCUUCUCAACUGUGAGCUGGAGAGAAUACCUCACGCUAUUUUCAGUUUGAACAACCUUCAGGAACUGGAUCUAAAGUCCAACAACAUCCGGACCAUCGAGGAGAUCAUCAGCUUUCAGCACCUCAAGAGACUGACCUGCCUCAAACUUUGGCACAAUAAGAUCAUCACCAUUCCAUUGUCAAUUAGCCAUGUAAAAAACCUUGAAUCCCUUUAUCUGUCACAUAACAAGCUAGAGUCUCUCCCCUCAUCGUUAUUCACGCUCCUCAAGUUGAGGUACCUCGAUGUUAGCCACAACUCCGUAGUGACAAUACCACUGGAGGUUGGCUUUCUGCAGAACCUCCAACAUUUUGCCAUUACUGGCAACAAAUUGGAAGUAGUUCCCAAGCAACUCUUCAAGUGCAGCAAACUGAGAACCUUAUGUCUCGGCCACAACUGUAUCUCCACCAUUCCAGAGAAGAUUGGCCAACUCUCGCAGCUGACCCACCUGGAGCUGAAGGGGAACUGUCUUGACCGUCUUCCGGUCCAGCUCGGUCAGUGCGGCCAGCUGCGCAAGAGCUGCCUGAUCGUGGAGGAUCAUCUGUUUGACCUGCUCCCCAUUGAGGUCAAAGAGAGCGUCAAUCAGGAAGCUAGUGUUUCUUUUCCAAAUGGCUGUAAGUGUCUAAGUGAUGGCCGUUAGUAACAUCCUACGUGGCAUCAAAAGUCCAGCAUUUCAUCGUAGGUGUAUAACAGGGUUUCUUUUUCAAAGUAUGCCUUUAGAAACGUUAUUGUAAUCUUCAUGAUGUUUGAGAAACUAAAGUAGGAAACAAUCGAGAAAUGUUUGUUGAUAUCUAGAAACUAUCUUGUUUAGUGUCUACAGAUGUAGCGCUUCAUUUCAGACAGUUUGAAACGCGAGGGCCGUGAUUGGUACGUGAUCUGUCCUUGCUCAAGGGAAAACCUCCAGCUUGACUUGAGACCGCCCCCGUGAUAAAUAAAUGUAUUUAUUAUGAAGCCAGCUGCAAUGGAUCAUUGAUCCACCAGGGGGUGCAGUGGGGUUCCACACUGGAGCUCAUGUGAAAUAAAGUCAGAUACAGUAAGUAUGCUGGAUGUACAGCGGAACUUUGUUAAGAUCCAUAUGUCACGGAUAUCAUAGUCUGUGCUAAAUAAGAGACAUGUAAUCAUUUACAAAACAUCACCAUGUUGUUAUUUAACAAAAUAAUGUUGUUUAGUCGAAAAAAACGAACGGGAGCAAAUGCAGCCCGGAUCUCGAUUUUUCAUCCUAAUUGAAUCAUCAUCUUCACCACGAUCAUUUAUGUUUAUGUUCGCCGAAUUGACAUGAAAUCACUGACACAUAUGAAUAUACUGUAUUCAACUUCAUUAAAACGUUAUUAACGUGCCUAAACUCAGUAAUUCACAAAAAAUAUUUAUAUUUUAAUGGAGCCUCGUCGGCAGAUCAGGAUCCCAACGCGUAGCGGAGAGAUCUUGAGCUGCAUGAAGGGUGUUAUUUUCCCCAUAAGGAACAAGUCGCUGCAAAUUAUCCCGCUUAUUACAUGGCCACAUUCUCAACAAAGUAACGACAUGACUCCCAAUAUUAAUUGAAAUGCUUUUAUGGAUU